AACAAGCGAUAUUAGUUUCUUGUUUCAUAACGACCGAGGAGAUAGAAAGUGGUUAAUAUUUAAGAAACAUGCACUGAUCAAAGGGAGAAUUAAUCGAUAAGAGAUGGAAAGCCGAGAGCCAAGUUCACUAGGGCCUAUGAUCCAGCCUGACGCGUGCGGAAUCUGCUUGGGGGAUUACACUCGUCCGAAAAUUCUGCCAUGUUUCCAUACGUUCUGUUUCAAAUGCUUGGAGUCCUACGUUGAUAAGACAGGGAGGCUCGGUCGGUUUAGUUGUCCACUAUGCCUCGGAGAUACAUUAAUACCAAAAGGUGGGGUGGCAAGAUUCCAGACAAACUUCUAUGUUAAGGCCGACAAGCUGAGAUCUACCUAUAUGCCGAAUGUCCGUUGUGACGUCUGCGAACGACAUGAUGUUGCCGAUAGCCGAUGUUUAGAGUGCGACCAGAACAUGUGCCCAAAUUGCUGUAAGACACACUUGAAGAUGACUGCUUCACGCGAUCAUCAUCUCAUUGGCCUGUUUGCCCGAGACUCGACACCAAACCUUCGCCACCGCGUUCUAACCAGAAUAUACUGUGACAAACAUCCUGGGGACGAGCUUACAUUCUUCUGCAGAAAAUGUGAUAUGACCAUUUGUCUACGAUGUAAAGUUACGUCCCACGAGAAUCACGUUAGUGAUGAUCUUCAGGAAGUAGCAAGAGUAACACGUGAGCACCUGAAUGCAAAACUAGAGGGCGCGAAACUUCACCUUCCGCUUUUUCAUGAGCAGCUGAAUGAUGCGAAUCGUUACGAAGAGAACAUGGUACAAACAAAAGAUAAACUUGUUAAAACUAUCAAUCAAAGAGCCACUAAAUUACACGAUAAGGUUGACAAGUUAGCAGCAACAUUGAUACACGAUGUUGAUUCGGAAUACAAUGUAGAAACGGCACGCAUCGAUAGCCACAGAAAGAAAAUAACCCAAGCGUCGAAAGCACUUGCAGGGCAGAUACACGCGGCGAAUCAAGCAGUCAUGUACGGCGCAGAUGCAGAAAUAGCUAGGAACAAAGAUUUACUGGUCCAACAAAUGGAAAACAUAACAACAACUGCUGAAAGGCUUCAACUACCUAAACUGACUCUAGAACUUAGUCCUAGCAUAACUCUAGAAGGGAAGAUAGAAGAGUCAUUCGGCAGCUUGUCAACAAGACGUCCGCCUGCUGUAGAUAUUAAGAUUCAAGAAAUGGCUGUCUUUCAAGUAGACGACACAUUCAAAGUAGUCAGCUCCAUAUGUCCAGUGGGCGAUGGAGAAGCAUGGGUAACUUCCGGCUGGAAACCGGAAAUACACUUAUUCAAUGUCUACGGUACAAGAUUGAGAACACAAUCCGUCGGCAGAAACAUCGACUCAAUCAUUCAAGAUAAGUCGAAAUCUUUGAUCGUAACGUGUAGCGACCAACGUCAAAUUCUCCGUAGUCAUGGAAACAUCGACUUUUCAAUCAUAGCAACUCUUGGACAACACCCACGAGGAAUCGCGUUAACUGAGGACAACGAGCUACUCGUCUGCACUGGUCAGUCGCUAGCUUUUCAAGAUUAUAAAGAUGGUCACAAGAAUAAAGUUCUCCGUUAUUCUGUUGAUGGGAGAAUGACUGGAGAGUUCGGAGAUGAAGAUCAAUGGAAAUUCAUGUAUCCUCUUAGAAUAGCUGUCAAUAUGACUGGAGAUAUCUGUAUAGCUGAUUGUCAACGAAGAUGCGUAACUAUACAUCGAAGAGAUGGAACACUGAAAGCGAAGUACACUGGCUCAGAAACAUCCGGUCUGAAAAAUAGCUUUGAACCACGUGGUCUCGCAUGCGAUUCUAGAGGAUUUAUCUUCGUCACCGACAAUGCAAAUGAUGCUAUACAUCUUUUAGAUCACUCUGGUAAAUUCAUCCGCCUUAUUCUUACAUCUAAUGACGAGGUAUACGGUCCGUAUGCAACUGCAAUCGAUUCUAAAGGAUUUUUAUGGGUGGGGGCACGUGACGCAACUGUAAAAGUUUUCAAAGUGACUUAUAUAUAACGGACAAAAGUAGAUCGGAAAUACCGCUUACUGAUGACAACAAAGAACGUUUGGUUUUUUUUACCGGACAUUAUCGAUUCGAUCUAUAUUUGUAAAUAAAUCUGUUCGUUUGUUAUAAAAGAGAGAAAACAAUGUGAAAAACAAGCGAACUUUGUGAUUAUUUUAAAACAAUAUUUAUUCAUACACAUCUUUAUUUGCUAGUUCAGUGUCUAAUUUGCAUAUUGACAUUUUUCAUUAUAACUGUAUUCUUCUUUUUUUAAGGUAAAGGGUUG